AUGAUAACAAAUAGAUUGAUUUUGAUACUAGGGUUGCUUCAGGUGGUUUAUGGGUUGACAUUGGACUCGUGUUCCAGUCAGAAUAUAGGAAGUGGAAAGACGUCGUCGCAGUAUAUGUCAAAUGGUGAAUGUAAAGAUACUUGUAUGUCAGAUGGAUAUGCCGUGGCUAUUCUACAGGGAAACGAUUGCUGGUGUUCCAAUUACCUCCCUGGGGAUACUUCCUCGAUGUCUAAUUGUGACGAGGAUUGUCCUGGGUUUCCUUCCGAAAAAUGUGCUGGUCUGGGAUACUAUGGGUACCUUAUAGUAGGGAACCCUAGUGGUACACAAGGAAGCUCGGGUCCAAGUUCUACAUCUGAAAGUACUAGUUCCACUGAGACUUCUAGCUCAACGUCUAGGACAUCUUCCUCGACAUCAACCUCGAGCACCCCUACCGCAACUUCAUCGUCAUCGACGUCAUCCACAAGAACUUCAUCUACAAGAACUUCGUCUUCAUCCUCGUCAACUUGGAUUGAACCUACUACAUCCUCAUCUUCAUCAACCUGGGAUGAUGAACCUGUAACGUCCUCAUCAUCCCCAUCAUCCCCAUCAUCUUCGGCUUCAUCGAGUUGGUCUUCGUCGUCAGCACCGCCAUCAUCAUCAUUAUCAUCAUCAUCAUCGUCAUCAUCAUCAUCAUCAUCAUCAUCGCCAAUUUCCUCUGCAUCAUCAGCUCCGCAAACUUCUUCGUCAUCUUCAUCGUCGAGUUCGGAGUCACAUAAGGCUACAACUGUGUUUUCAGUAAAGACUGUGAACGGAAAUCCGACCGAGAUUGUGAAAACACAAUAUGUGACAGACUCUCCAUCCUCGACUGAUGAACCAGAGUCUACCUCAUCCUCUGAGUCUUCCAAUGAGGUCGGUGCUGAUGAGAAUAAAUCAAAAGAAAACAAUUCGUUUUUCGAUUCUACAGGGAAAGUGGCAGGAACAUUUACGGCAGUAGGAGUGGUUGUACUUGGUCUUUUAUUGGGAAUAGUAUAUUGCUGCUUCAAGAAGUCGCAUAAUAAUUAUGCCGAUGAAGAGAAUCAAUACUCGUCAGAUGAGUAUUCAUUAAAUAACGAAAAGGCAAUGAUGCCGGCAGUAAUACCUGACUCCAAGAACUCGUCGACCGUUUCGUCUAAUUUGAAGCGUGAUAACUCAAACAAAUCGAUAUUUUCAUAUUUCACUGCCGCAAAUAAUAACAAUAGUGGUGUAACGAGAAGUUCUUCAAGGAAGAAACUUACAAAACAUAGUAGAAAUGAUCUGGUGCAAAGCCACGAUCCAAUUUUGGGGGGUCAAUUAAUGUUCCCGAUCACUGAGUUUGAUUCAAGGCUUGACCCUAAUACAAUGUUUAUGAAUAAUAAUGAAUCAAGGAAAUCUUUUGGAGAUGAGAAUGACUAUUCUCGGAAGAUAUUAACUGUUGCAAAUCCAGAAUAG